UACUUGACACAGUGGCUGGAGUGGUGCGCAAAUUGGCUUGAACUGGCGAGAAUUUAGUACCCAAGUCGAUCUCGGCUUGGCCUUCACUGCACGCACAUACAGCAACGGUUCCCGAUUUUCGCUCGCUCAGUCGCUAUGCUUAUCGUCCUCGGCCGCUGCCCGCCCUGGCUGGCACGAGGAGGCAGCCGUAUGCUCUCUUCGCUUGCCCACACGCGCAGCCGCCUGUCCCAGAACCUCAACCACCAACCGAGGCAAUUCGGCUGCGCCGCCCUGACCCCCCACUUGCCCGUCCCGGCAGCCCCGCCGCAGCCUCGCCCGGCCCCCCGCCACGCACUGAGCACAAAGAUGGGCCCGCUGCCGCCUUCCACCACCACCCCGCCGCUGCCGGCAAGGCCCGGGAUCGGUGGCGGCCCCCAACCGGGAGGGCCUCAGCAGCAGCGGCUCCCGAUCCCCGCCCGGCUGCUCAUCUACCACGGCUCCACGGCCCGCAUCACCUUCCUGGCCUGCCUCCGGCUGGGCACUCUCUUCAUCUGCGUCUUCUUCUGCCUCGCCGUCGCCCCCGCGUACCUGCGGGACCCGAGCGGGGGCGGCGAGGCGCUGUUGAAAGCCGGUGCCGCCUUGCUCUCCGGUCUCGUGCCUUUUGCCUUUGUGUACCUCUCCACGGCGCCGUUUGUCGCCUUCAUACAUCUGCCGCUCCCUCCGUUCGCUAGGCAGAGCAAGGAGCUGCUCAAGAGGUUCGUCGCCAGCGUGCCCGAAACGACCAGCCUCGAGAUCACCACCAUCAGUCUCAUCGGCAAGCCUCGCGUCACUCGCGUCUCCGUGGCCAGCAUGGUCCCCACCAGCCAGCGCUUCGGACUUGUCAAUUACGUUGUUCGCCCGCCACCGCCCGCUCCCGCCCGCUCUCCGCUGAAUCGCGGGCCGCCAACCAAGUUCAGCAUCCAGCACAACUCCCAAAGGGACGCUCGCGAGGCCUGGGUGUGGGACUCGGUUGCCGCCGCUAUUGCCCGCCGGUCCGCCACCUGAAAGGCCUCCGGGCCGGCAUGGUGCCACGUGCUCCAAAAAGGUCUUGUUUUUGUUCUACAGUUGAUACCAUGGAGUGCCUUCCGGAGUUCUAUCUCCUUCUCAUUUAUCAUCAACCCUAUUUUUCCCUCCAUUCUUUUGUAGUGUGUGUGUGUGCUUCCUCCCUUGCCCAGCAUGUCGCGCCCGCACACGAAACUGUGACAACACUACCCUUGAUACUUUUACAAACCCCUGGCGCCCGAAGCCUAUGCUGGCAUUCGCGCCAUGAAUGCUAUAACGCCCAAGAGACGUAAGAUUGAAGUUCCAGUCCCAAUGGCCAACCAAACAAGAAACGUAUCCAGUCAAGAAAAAGAAGGAGAUGAAUAAAGCAAAGCAGCUUGAGUUUCUCCUGUUGUCAUAGAGAGAAUGGAUAAAAAGUAGAUGCGGCGUGAGUCCAUAUGCGAAAGGAAAUGGAGGCGUUUUCCUA